AUGUUUAAGAGAUACCGUAACCAAGAGUUUGAUAUGACCUUUUGGUGGAAAAAACAUCCUAAAGAGCCAACUGAAUAUGCCAAAUAUAUUACAGAACAGUUACAUAAUCUUUUAGUUUCUGAUUCAAUAGAGACAAAGAAAUUUGUUAACCAAGAGAUUAAAAAAUACUUAAUAAUAAUGAAAUCAAUAAUGUUGCAUGAAGUUGAGCCUAAAAUUUCUGAUGAAAUAGAAACAAAAUUUUAUAAUGAGAUUAUAAAUUGUGAUUUAUUCUUAAAAUUAAUAAGACAUUUACCAGACUUAGAAUUCGAAACAAGAAAAGAUAUAAUAUUUUUAUAUUCCUUGUCAUUGAGAUAUUUUAACGAGACAAAUAGCAGUCAAACUCAACAUUUUUUUAUAAAUCCAGUAAUGAUUUCGACAAUGCUAAGAAGUACAGAGCUGGUAAUUGUUGGAAAUUCAUCAAGAGAUAUUUUUUUAACUCUUACUAAUAUGAUUAUUGAAUCAAGUAAAUAUGAAAGAAUGUGCGAACUGCUAUUAAAUGAUGAAUUCAUUUGGAGAAUUUUUGAAUAUUGUAACCUUCCUGAUUUUGAAAUAAGUACAGAGGCAUUACACAUUAUUACCACAGUUUUUAGUAUACAUUCUGAAGUUGUAUCUGAGUUUUUCCUUAAAGGUAAUAAAACUUCGACCUGCCAUGAAUUGACUGGUGUAAACAAUAACGCUACACGUUUUAUCAGAAAUGUUAAUAAUUUAUUAGUCAAUGGCAGUUACGUAUGUAAAAGGCAAAUUACUAAAUUACUAGGUUCUUUACUGAUAUUAAGAGCUAACAAUAAGUUGAUGAUGGUAUAUAUAAACAAUCCAGAAAACCUUAGACUAAUAAUGACUCUUUUGGGGAAUAAAUCAAAAAGCCUACAAUUUGAAGCCUUUAAUAUUUUUAAAAUCAUAGUAGCUAAUCCAGAGAAACCGUUAACCAUAUUACAAAUUUUGGCAAAUAAUAGGGAAAAAUUAUUAGCUCAUUUGCCUAAAAUUGGAAUGGAAAAUAAAGAUUCUACAUUUAGCGAUGAGAUUGAUUAUAUAAUGCAGGAAAUCAAUUCAUUUUAA